UUAAACACGUUGGUCGGAAAUAUGAAACGUCCCAGUUUGAUUUGUUGCCUUCCUCAGUAGAAAUGGCUGCAGUUUAUCAAGUCAAGGCCCUCCACGGCUUCUGUCAGUUCCAGAUAUUUCGGAGUCUGAAGCUUGUUCCUGUCCAGCUGACAUCAGUCUGCCUUCAGAGGAGGCUUUGCAUUGACAAUAAUGGACCAAAUAAGCCACCAGCAAACCCAGAGAACGAAUCCUUGCUUGAAAACUUGAAUGUAAUGGGUGUAGAUGUGCAGAUGGCCCGCCGGCGUCAGCCUGGGGUGCUGCGUAAAGUCUUCACCAACGAGAAAGGCGUUGCUCGGUUCCUUCAGCAAAAAGGUGCUAACCAUAAAGUAAUCGCCGGCAUAGUGUCCCGUUAUCCCCGAGCCAUCACCCGCUCCAUCGAUCACUUGGAACAGCGCUGGCACUUGUGGAGAAAUGUGUUCAACACCGAUGCAGAAAUCGUGAGAAUCCUGGAUCGUUCACCUGAGUCUUUCUUCCGUUCCAGUGACAACGACAACUUGAAGAAGAACAUAGAUUUUCUAAUCUCACUGGGACUUAACACCAAGGACCUUCAUCGGUUGCUGACCACGGCACCACGGACCUUCUCCAACAGCGUAGAGCUCAACAAGCACAUGGUCCAGCUUCUGGAAAAUAUCUGUUUGGAGCUCGGUGGAAGAAAUCCAGAAGAGUUUGCAAAAACGGUUAUAUCUCGAAACGUCUAUAUUCUCAUCAGAAGCACUAAAAGAGUCAGGUCAAACAUCGACAACCUGAGAGAGUCUCUUAAGCUGAGCAAUUCUGAACUGUUGGCCCUUCUUCAAGGCCCUGGGGCGGAAAUUUUGGACCUGUCAAAUGAGUAUCUAAAAAAGAAUUUUAACAGCCUUCAGCAGAAGAUGGUUGAACUUGGCUGUCAGGAAGAUGACAUCAAGAAAUUGAUCAUCAGUUAUCCAUUGGUUCUCUACAUUGGACUAGAAACACUGAGCUCCAAAAUAGAUUGUCUUCUGGAAGGAGGAAUAACAAUGGAGCAGAUCGUCAAGAAGCCCAAGGUGUUGGACUACAGCACGAAGAACAUUACCGGGCGACUGGGGGAGCUGCACAAAGUGGGAUAUGACUUCGAAAAAAAUGGUAUCAACAUCUUGGACACUAGUCGGAAGCGAUUUGUUGCAAAAAUGGAAAAGCUUAAUGCCUCAUCAGAUGGAUGAAUGUAGCUGCUUCUCCUGUGGUGUUAGACAAUAAUAAAUGUUAUUUGUUUCUUCAGUUUAGAAUAUUAAUGUUUGAUCAUCUAAGAUUUUAAAUUUAAUAAAUAAGAAAUGCUGGAAUUUUCUCUUUUGUAAAAUUUCAGGUUAAUCAUAAGAGCUCCAGAGAUUACUUUUCAAUUCUAUUGAGAACAUUUUUUAUUUUUUUCCCUGGGUGGAAAGAUCUUGAUCUUCAACACUGAUUUCUAUUCGUUUUCUGAUACUUGAUUGAAUCGAUUGACUGAAUUAACUUGUUUCAGAUUAGAUAUUAAGUAUUUAUUGACAAGAACAUGAUUUUUACUUGAACAAAAGAUCAUCCUUUCGUUAAAACGCACAUGCAAUUUCGUAAAAUAUUUGUCCAGUUUUUCUCAUUUACAAGAUUGUUUUGGGGUGUCAUGUAGAAGGAAAAAAGAAAAUGUGCCUGACAGGCAUAGAAAUAA